AAAAUAAAUACAAAGGAAUAGGCAAAACAAAAUAAAAAUGUUUCGUCGUGGAAAGCUAUCCUUCUUAAACACCAAAGAUGACCGAGUUAAAAUAAUAAACGAACGUAUAAACAUUACAGAACGGCAUCUAAUGGAGAUGUGUUCUUCGUUUGCUUUGCUAACGCGCAAAAUGGCCAAAUAUCGGGACUCCUUUGAUGAGUUGGCCAAGAGUGUGAAGAGUUACGCCGACGACGAGGAAAUCAACGAGAGUCUUUGCCAGGGACUGAAGAGCUUCACCAAUGCGGUCACCAUAAUGGGUGAUUACAUGGACAUCAAUGUGCACCGGUUGGAACACAAGAUUGUCAAUGAGUUGGCCCAGUUCGAACAGCUUUGCAAGUCCACAAGGGACAAUCUUCGUCUGGCUGUCAUUGCACGGGAUAAGGAGGUUCUACGCCAACGCCAGAUGCUUGAGCUCAAGUCAAAGUUUUCUGCGAACAAUAGUGCCGCCGAUUCGGAGCUGUUUAAGGCCAAAAUGGAGGUGCAGCGCACAAACAAAGAGAUAGACGACAUUAUUGGAAACUUCGAGCAGCGGAAGUUGCGCGAUGUGAAGCAGAUUAUCAGCGAUUUUAUACUAAUCUCCAUGAAGCAGCACACCAAGGCUUUGGAGAUCCUCAGUGCAAGCUACUAUGAUAUUGGAACCAUUGAUGAGCGCGACGAUUUCCUAGAGUUUCAGAAACUGAUGAAGUCCAAGGAAGAGCCCACUGCCCGCAAAACUGCCCUCAAAAAGGGACUGCGCUCGCAGUCGAUGGACAGCUUGGAGCACGAGCACCUGGUCAGUCCGCUGAAGAGGCGCCAGAAGCUAUCCAGAAGCACCAAGAAUCUGGCCGGAGCCGGAAUCAAUCAUGGGAGUAAAACAGAACCCGAAGAUGAAACCGACGAUCAGGAUGAAGAGGAGGAUGAUGAAGAUGAGGAAACCGAGCAAAGUGGCGAUGAGGAAGAGGAAUCUGGGUCUGCAACGGAUGACGAGAGGGAGCCCACGCAGCCGAGCAUUCAGGUCACUCCUCGCGAGAAUGUGUUUGGGGCAAAGAUCCGAUCUGCUAGCAAGGAUAUCGCUACACCAUCGACCAGCGCCAGUGCCACGUCUGCUUCUACGAAACCCAGCAGACAAACGGUCAAACAUCCUUUCAAGGCGGUGGCCUCCACCCAUGUAAGGCUGCAGAAGCAGUUCCACGUGCCCCAGCACUAGCACUCAAAUUAUAGCCAGCAGUAGAGCUCCUAGAGGUCACAUCAGUAUUGCAGACUCAUUAUGGAAUCAUAGCAAGAGCUUAAAUAAAAUUAAAUUAGGAACAUAUUUAUAAUGGAGUAUCUUACUUGAUUUGUUUAACCUCGCAGAAGCUUUUCUAUCUUUGCAUUCAGAAUGUAUUUUCACUCACUAUCUCACAUUUUAGACAGUUGGCUUACAAAAUCAAGGCGAACCAUUGCAGUUAUUAGAAAAUCAUUCUGGUUCACGAAUCAAUGUUGUUUUUCCUUUUAAAAUUCCAUAUUAUGCAGAGCACUCCCAGCUGAUUUGCAUACACUUUUAAUGGACACGGCUCACGAUUUGCAUUAUUUGCCCCAGAUAAACAAUAAUAAAUAUAUGCAUAUCAUAACUAAUCAAGCGGAAACGACGCGCUUCUCUUCCCCUUUCCGCAAUAACCUUUCAGGUGAGGAAGCACAAAUCGGGAACUGGUCGCCUGGUAACC